CAACACACGGGCGCUUCGUACCACACAGCAAUCCGGAUACAAAGUACUUUGUAGCGUCGACCCCUGCUACCCCACAUCUUCACCUUGCUCCCUACGAGGAGUACCUCGCUGCCCACUCGACCCCGCCAUGAAUUUUUGGCCAGCAGCUUGAGAACGGCUUGACCUAAACUAGUAUCCUUCCACUGCAACAUGUGAGAAUUUGUCCAAGAUGGCGAGCACAGACAAGGAAGCAGCAGCAAGGGACGCCACACCCUCCAAUCCUCGUGGCAUUCCGUAUGCGCCAUUCGUCGACAAGGUCGAGGACUAUGUCACGUCACGAGCAGAUGUUGAGCCGACGCUGCGUCGGUUCCAAGAGAUGAUUGCGAAAUACCAGUUCAUGGAGCAGAACCUGCAGCGGAGGGUAGCGGGACUAAAGGACAAAAUGCCCGACAUUCGGAAAACGCUGGAGGCUGUCCGCUUUUUGAAGCUGAGGACGGGCGAAUCUGAUCCGAUAGAGACAACAUUCGAAUUGAACGACACUCUCUAUGCGAAGGCCGAGAUACCGCCGACGGACGAGGUUUACUUGUGGCUUGGGGCCAACGUCAUGCUGUCUUACCCAAUCGACGAGGCCGAGGCGCUCCUUGAGUCAAAGUUGCAGGCUGCGAAGCAGAGUUUGUCCAACUGCGAGGAGGACCUGGACUUCCUGCGGGAGCAAAUAACGACGAUGGAAGUCGCGGUAGCAAGGGUAUACAACUGGGAUGUCGUGCAAAAGCGCAAGGAGAAGGAGGAGGAGGAGAAAGGGAAAGGGAAAAAUUCUCAGAACUCCGGGAGCUGAGGCGAAUCUGGAAGGCCAUGUUCAUGGUUUGUCCCUUGUCGCACGGGACUGCGGCAGGCGUCUCUGCUUCCAGAUAGUUUCCGUCCCGGUGGCGGUUGUCUCUGUUUAGUAUUCAUCGUCCCAAAAGACCGAGUCGCUGGCACAACUGCAUUGCCAAGUGUGUUUGGACGGAAGGCCCGGUAUGGAUAGUGCCAAUGCUGAAGGGCCAAUCCUCGGCACGCAACACAUUAGAGCCGAGAAGAAGGAGAAAAAGGGAAGAGCCCUUAAGUUCUAAAACGGCUUUUUUCGUAAACAAAAAUCGUGACGUUAUGGAGGAAAGAGGUCUGCGUUAUAUAGACUCGGACUGAAACCUUCUGUUGUGAGGCGUUCCUGGCGUGUCGUUGGUUGGGCAGGGCCGACGAGGGCGGCAGAGGCGGCCGAGUCCUUUUGUUGCCCGACUUCAGCCAGCAGCAGGUGCGGCACUGCCGCUCGGUCGAGUAAGCUUAACGAUCGCUAAGCGUUGGGGUUCGGCCCCGG